AUGUUUUACCGUGCCAAAUUUCAGCCCGGAGACAAGUUCAUCUACGGGAUAUAUGGCAUCCAAUACCAGGGCCAAAGCCCAAACACUCAGCAGCUGGAUCACAUUGAGAAGUUCGACAAGCUCAUCACUGGACAAGCGCACCUUGACCGCAUCGCUGUACCAGGCACUGAUGGAUUGAGUUCCCAGAUCUGGCUCUCAUAUUGGUGGCCAGAGGCUCAUGCAGAGUGGUGGUCAUCGCCUGCCGUGAAACAGUUUUGGGAUGAGCUCCCAGAAGACGCAGACAUGUGGAGGGAGAUCCUUACAGCUUCUGCCAAUCGAGUGCAAAACGCGUGCACUGCUGAGUUGAAGAAUGGGAUGAAUGGGGUUGGAGAGAUGGAACCAUUCUGCGACAAGAUUGGAUAUUGGGGCUGUGUUCGUCAUCGUAUACCCGAUGUGAGUCUGGGUGAGAAUUUAGCCUCUUCGUUGGAGGAGAUGCCUCCGCGAGUUCCAGAAACAACAAAUAUUCGUCCAGGAAGGUUGAUGAUCACCGACCUACCAGAAAACAUCUGUUUUCUAGUCGAAGGACAAGACCACUCGGGAAUGUCUGCUGAAGAGAAGACCUUGUGGUUCGAGGAGUUCGAUGAGCUAGUCAGUGGCUGGAUGGGCUACCUAGCAAAGGAUACUACUGCGAAUGGACUCUUCGACGUACGAAUGGGCCAUGUCCCGGAUUUUGGAACGUUCAAAACUGGAACUCCGGUUAACUUGAACCAUAACAGAAAGAUCGAGCUGUUUUACUGGCAGGACAUGAGCAAGUUUGAGAGAGUUGGCAGAAUUCACAGAGGCCACGUCAAGCUUCGAAAGCGAUGGAUGGAGGUUUAUGGACCUGGUGGAGAGAUGGGUGAUGGCAAAGGCCAAAUCAACUUAUGGGAGGAAACCUCUAUCUUGAAGGGUUCAGAUAUCUUGGCUGAAUAUGUUGGGUGCAGAGAGGGUACUGGGUUCAUGGCAUUCGAUAAGUCAGGAAUAAUUCAUAGUCAGCAAGUAGCUUAA